AAGAAACACAGCUCAUUGUUGGCAGCUGCCGGGCGGUCCUGCCGAGCUGUGAGGGUAGCGGAGGGGAAAUAAAAGGGAACGGCUCGGAAUCUGUCCCAGCGGCCGCGGCGAAACCUCGGCGCCGGCAUCGCCACUGCUAGCGCCCUGCACGCCCGGGAGGCCCCCGUCUAUGCGCGCCUGAGCUGGUCCUGGACCGGACGAUCCCGCCCUCGGUCUUCGGAGCAGAAAUCGCAAAGACGGAAGGACUGGACAUGGCAGACCAUAUGAUGGCCAUGAACCACGGGCGCUUCCCCGACGGCACCAACGGGCUACACCACCACGGUACCCAUCGCCUGGGCAUGGGGCAGUUCCCGAGCCCCCAUCACCACCAGCAGCAGCAGCCCCAGCACGCCUUCAACGCCCUCAUGGGCGAGCACAUACACUACGGCGCGGGCACGAUGAACGCCACGAGCGGCAUCAGGCACGCCAUGGGGCCAGGGACUGUGAACGGAGGGCACCCCCCGAGCGCGCUGGCCUCCGCCACCAGGUUUAACAACUCCCAGUUCAUGGGCCCCCCGGUGGCCAGCCAGGGAGGCUCUCUGCCGGCCAGCAUGCAGCUGCAGAAGCUCAACAACCAGUAUUUCAACCAUCACCCCUACCCCCACAACCACUACAUGCCGGAUUUGCACCCUACUGCAGGCCACCAGAUGAACGGGACGAACCAGCACUUCCGAGAUUGCAACCCCAAGCACAGCGGCUCCGGGGGCAGCGCCGGCGGCUCGGGCGGCAGCGGCACCCCCGGCGGCUCGGGCGGCACCUCGGGCGGCGCGGGCAACAGCGGCGGCAGCGGCGGCGGUGGCGGCAGCAGCCUGCCCGCCUCCGUGGCCCACGUCCCCGCCGCAAUGCUGCCGCCCAAUGUCAUAGACACUGAUUUCAUCGACGAGGAAGUGCUCAUGUCGUUAGUGAUAGAAAUGGGUUUGGACCGCAUCAAGGAGCUGCCCGAACUCUGGCUGGGGCAAAACGAGUUUGAUUUCAUGACGGACUUCGUGUGCAAACAGCAGCCCAGCAGAGUAAGCUGUUGACUUGAUCAGGGGGGAAAAACAACCUCCCCACCCGCCCGGCGAAAGAAAUCAAACCCCCAACUUCUUCGGUGUGAAUUUAAAUAAAUAAAUAAAAAAUAAAUAAAAACAAAAAAAGAGAAACCCAUUCCCUUAGACACGGUAUCUCACUUUUCAGAUCUUGAAAGGUUUGAGAACUUGGAAACAAAGUAAACUAUAAACUUGUACAAAUUGGUUUAAAAAAAAAAAUUGCUGCCACUUUUUUUUUCCUGUUUUUGUUUCGUUUUUGUAGCCUUGACAUUCAACCUCCCUUAUGUAGCUGAAAUAUCUAGCUAACUUGGUCUUUUUCGUUGUUUGUUUUUACUCCUUAUUUCCUCACUUUCUUCAGUGCUCAACUGUUAGAUAUUAAUCUUGGCAAACUGCUUCAUCUUGUGGAUUUUGUAGAUGGUUUCAAAUGACUGAACUGCAUUCAGAUUUCCGAGUGAAAGGAAAAAUUGCAUUAGUUGGUUGCAUGAACUUUGAAGGGCAGAUGUUACUGCACAAACUCUGCCAUCUCGCUUCAUUUUGUUUAACUAUGCAUUUGAGUACAGACUAAUUUUUAAAAUAUGCUAAACUGGAAGACUAAACAGAUGUGGGCCAAACCGUUCUGGGUCAGGACAAGUCAAGCUGUUCACUUUCAAGUUGGCUGCCCCCCCCCAUGUACAGACAAUAAUAGGGCGUGGAGUGUCGUCAGUGGCAAACAUUUCACAGAUUUUUAUUUUGUUUCUGUCUUCAACAUUUUUGACACUGUGCUAAUAGUUAUAUUCAGUACAUGAAAAGAUACUACUGUGUUGAAAGCUUUUUAGGAAAUUUUGACAGUAUUUUUGUACAAAACAUUUUUUUGAAAAAAUACUUGUUAAUUUAUUCUAUUUUAAUUUGCCAAUGUCAAUAAAAAGUUAAGAAAU